CAAACGAUGAGGUUGCUCAUUGUGCUCUCCGCACUACUUAUCCCUUGUUUGGCGCAGCUUUCCGAAGACUCAUCGGAACUAGAAUUUGGUGGGCAACAAGCUCAACGUCCAUCUCCCGAUGGACCAUUGUUCCCUAGAUUCUUGAUGCAUGUGCCUAGAUUUGCUAGAAAAGAGUUCUUCGACAUUGUUAGUAACGAUCAACUCUCUCAAGAUCAGCAAAAUGAGCAGCUCACAAUCUGGGCCAAGGCAUUCAAUGUGACGGACGAAUUUAACGCUUGGACAAAGAAAAUUCAAGAACAAAAAGAAGCUGUGAGCAAGAACGUUGAAGCCGUGGCUUCUAAUAUAACCACAGUAUACACCCAGCUAGAAGAAAUUCUUUCGAAUAGCAACCUGACCCGACGUGACCAACAUGAUCAGAUCAGAAAGCUUGCUACCACCUUCCCAAGGGAAGUCCGCGCUUUGUUUUUCAUUGCUCGCAACUACCGUCCUGAAGGCAGAUCUCCAAUUUUCGGUCAAGGAAUAGGAAUGGGAAAGAAGCCACAAUCCUCGAUGGUUCCAUUUAUCUUCCAACAACAGCAACCACCAAUGAUGAUGUUUGGGCAACAACCGUUUAUGCCUGCUGGGCCAAUGAUGAUGAACAGAUUCCAACAAACUGGGUCACAGCAAAAUUUCCAGUCUAGAAGAGGUGGAAGGGGGGAUGGUCCAGGAUUUGUGCCAGGAACUCAGGAUAAUAACCAAAGAGGGUCAGGAGAACGUGGGCAAAGGCAGAACUUUGGACCAUCCGACAAUCUAACCAAUGGAAAUCAGUUUUCUAAGAAACAAUUUGCCCGAGGACCUUCAUCAAUGAAUUCUGAUUUGUCAGAAAAUUCUCAGCACAGUGACUCAAAUAGCCAGUUCGACUUCCCCAGAGGACCAGGAGGACGUGGUGGACGUGGACAGGGACCAGAUUUCGGACCAGGAGGUCAAGGAGGCCGUGGGCAAGGACCAGACUUUGGACCACAAGACGAUUUCCCAGGGCGUAGAGGCUCAGGCGGUCCAGGAGGACGUGGUGGACGUGGACAGGGACCAGAUUUCGAACCACAAGAUGAUUUCCCAGGACGUAGAGGCUCAGGCGGCCCAGGAAGACGUGGUGGACGUGGACAGGGACCAGAUUUCGGACCACAAGAUGAUUUCCCUGGACGUAGAGGCUCAGGCGGUCCAGGAGGACGUGGUGGACGUGGACAGGGGCCAGAUUUCGGACCAGGAAGACAAGGAGGCCGUGGGCAAGGACCAGAUUUCGGACCACAAGAUGAUUUCUCAGGACGUAGAGGCUCAGGCGGUCCAGGAGGACGUGGUGGACGUGGACAGGAACCAGAUUUCGGACCAGGAGGUCAAGGAGGUCGUGGGCAAGGACCAGACUUCGGACCACAAGAUGACUUCCCAGGACGUAGAGGCUCAGGCGGUCCAGAAGGACGUGACGGGCGUGGUCAGGGACCAGACUUUGGACCAGGAAGUCAAGGAGGCCGUGGGCAAGAUUCAGACUCGGGAUCUCAGGAUGCCUUCCCAGGACGUAGAGGCUCAGGCGGUCCAGGAGGACGUGGGCAAGGACCAGACUUCGGACCACAAGAUGACUUCCCAGGACGUAGAGGCUCAGGCGGUCCAGAAGGACGUGACGGACGUGGUCAGGGACCAGACUUUGGACCAGGAAGUCAAGGAGGCCGUGGGCAAGAUUCAGACUCGGGAUCUCAGGAUGCCUUCCCAGGACGUAGAGGCCCGGGAGGUCCGGGAGGACUUGGUGGACGUGGACAGGGGCCAGAUUUCGGACCAGGAGGUCAAGGAGACCGUGGCCAAGGACCGGACUUUGGGGCAAGAAGCCAAGGAAAUCGCGGACAAGGACCAGCUUUUGAGUCAAGACAGCCCCGUCAAUUUGAUGAUGCAGAUACAUCUUCCGCUCCUUCUCAAAAAUAUUUCCAACGCCAAAUGAAUUCGGGAAUGCGAUUCGAUCAAAGUUCAGGAUUCGGAAUGCGGAAAAGCCAGUCAACUCAACAAAAUUACGAAAACUUUGCCGAAAACUAAUCAGCUCAAUUCCGGGUAAUCAAUCAGUUAUACUUAUUACAAUUUGUAUCAAUUUUCCUUCUAUUUUAACCAUUCACCCACUCAGCGUAUUGUUAUGAAAUAAAUCUCAUGG